GCUGCGAGGAGGUUCUGUUUCCGACCUUCUGGAGUGCGUAGUGCGCCGCCAGUGGAGUUUUCUCGAAUGCUGGUGGCCGCGCCCUUCUCCAGUCUGGGGCUGUUGGUAGGAGCCGGUGUCCCUGACUCUGCCGCGCCGACCGCCCCCUGCGCCUCCGGGCCAGAGGUUCCCCGACUUCAUCCGUCUCUUCAGAAAGCGUGCGUCUCGGUGUCGGUGCGAACUGUUAUUAUUUCCUGCCUUUUGUUUUUUUCUCAUUUAAUUUGUGUUUUUCUAACGUCUUGAGGUGACACGGAGUUCUGGAACUUUCUUUUGCUCAAACCUAGGCAUUUCAGGCCGUAAGCGUGUCUCAGCUCGAAUUCGGCCGCAUCCUCCAGAAUGUGACCCGUAGUUUUGUUUGGCUUCUCGCCGCCUUUGUGGGUGUUGCUUCGAGUCCUGGGGCUUCCUUGUCUGCAGGAGCAGUGGUUGCCUUCCGGGUGUUGCCGGCCUUCGUGCCGGGGUCGGGGAACCCGGGCACUGGCGGCUCGGGACGGCCCUCGUGGUUCCGCCCGAGCGCGGUGUGAGCGGGGUUCCUCGUCCGCGCGGUGAGGACCCCGCGCCCGGAGCAUGAAGGAAGCCCUGCUGAGUCCUGGCCGUGCACUGGGCGCUGGGGACACCCAUGAGCAUGAAAGGGUGCCAGGGCCCCCCCGCGGGUGCGCGGGGUGUGCAGCGCAUGCUGCCCGCCGGGGGGCGCCACGGACGGGCUUCUAGAGCGAGGGUGACGCGCAGCAGGAGUUUCCACUUCCUAGGACUGUCCCGUGUGUCCGCCAGCCUGGAUUCGGGACUCUCCACCCCAGCUUUUCAGUGCGACCACCUGGAUGCCCAGCGGAGCCUUCGGUCUCAUGGCGAGAAGGACGCUGCGGACCCUCCCUCCGCACCUGCUUCCCCCAGUCUUGUGAAGGGUCAGGUGGGACAGCCGCACCUGCCCUGCUCAGACUGAAGCCUUCCGCCCCCCUGAACUACUGACCCUCUCGCCCCACGUCUUGCUGACUGCAGAUCGUGUUGGCUUUUCAAGCUCUCCCCGAAACCUGGCCGCUCCUCGAAACCGCCUCUGUGCCCCACCUCAGUCCCGGCCAGCACCUGCUCUCUUGUGGCCUGUUGUCCACCCAGCAGCCGCUUGCUCCUCCACGCAGAACCUUCCGGCACGUCCAUCUCAGAGUCCAAGUUAAGGUUGUCUCCAUGCCCACAGGUGCCUCCUAUCUGGAUGCCUCACCUCAUAUGAUUGCUUUGUCCAUCGUCCUCCAGCCUGGUCACCUCAGGACCUUUGCAUCCGUGGCACCCUUGCUCCAGCUCUCUGCGAGACUCCCCUCUUUGCCUUCUGCAUGUCUUUGCUCAGAUGCCUCCUCAGUGAGGCCUGCCCUGACUCCCCCAAGCAGCAACCCCCAUUCCUUCCCUCCCCCACCAUAAAGCACACUACUUAUCUUGUGUGCUUCUGUCCGGCCAUUAGAAUGUAAACUCCAGGCGGGAGGGACUGUGGACUGCUCUGUUCCUUCUGUAAGCAUUCAUUGAAGGACAAGGGAAACGUUGAAACAUGAGUAGGAUCUGAGGAGGCAGGGAAAGGAGGAAAGACGUUUUAGGAACAGUAGUGUAUGUGAAGAUACCGUGGAACACAGGAUUUGUUCUGAACGUUGGUAUUGCCACUGGAAACAAGGAAGCAUUUUUCAAGUGACUAGGACUCCAGGGCCUUGAGUUUGCUCCACAAUUUCUGACUCAAGGCAGCUUGCAUUUCUUAGGGGUAGAACAACCUUGGAAAGGCACAGAAAUGGUGAAAUUUGCUUGACGUUUUCUUCAAACAAGAAGAAACACCAAGGGUUCAAUCUCGCCGCACCAAUUCCUACUAAUUCAGUUAUCAUUUAAAAGGGAGUCCGUAAAGAAGUUUGGGAGGUUUUUCAAUCUGUUCAAAAUCCCUUCUUAACUUCCCGGGUUAUAGUUUGUGAAAACUCUAAUCUUUGCUUGGUGGAAAAGCUAAGACAACAGAGCAUCCCAUUAUGCAAAACCAAUGCCUUUGCUCAAGCUUUAUGUGGAUUUGCAGUUUGAGGAGCUGGUUUUUCAGAAUGCUUUGAUUCGAGCUACUUUAUGGCUCCCAUGUCAACAAAGAAACUGUCGCUGUAACUGUCAGGGCGCCAGUGUCUGGGCGAAGCAUACUCCCGUCCUUUUUCUUUAGCAGAAAUAAAAGGCACAGCAGGACUGCUAGGGCUGCCCACGGGAGCCAAUGAGUCAGAAUUCCAAGCAGUUCAAGGGCCACGCCAGCCAUGUUAAACGUGCAGAUGUGUAUGUGACCUCGUGAAGAAGGUCUUCCUCUAUGAUCUCAGAGCAUCGAUGGAAGAAAGCUGCUUUGAAGGGUGUAUGACAAGGUGUUUGGAUAGUAAGGUGUUUCAGAAACGGACACCCAGCACUCCACCCUGCCCGGACUGGGUGCUUCGUGUUGUGCUACUCUUAGGUACACUUCUUUCCUGUGAGAUGCCUGCCGUGGCACCUGUGUGUGACCCAGCUGCCAUCAGUGGAACUGAGGGACCCCUUAAUUUUUGGCAGAGUUGAGACGGCACGGAGCAGUGCUCUGAGCCAGCAGUUACACAACCACCGCGGAACUUUCCAGGGUCACUCUCUUCAUCUCAUUGAAAUUCAGGAAGCGGCACUCCUUCCCCUGGCUUAAGUGCAGUUUUGCUGGGCUUUUGUUCCAUUUGUGAAUAGUUCUUGCUGGAAGCCCCGGGCAGGAUGACUUGGUAACGGCCCCUCACCCAGAGACCAGCCCUCCCAGCGCCAGAAACCACCGGAGCGGCAGCAGAGGUGACUCCAGAGCUCCAAGUGCAUCUGUUGUGUGGCUCUGUCCCCUGAGCACCAUGGCACGGGAUGAGCAGUGCAGGGAGGAGCUCAGUUAUGACCGGAUGCCCACCCUGGAGCGGGGAAGGCCGGAGGCCGGGAGCUACACCUCAGACGCCAAGCCCAACGACCUUCAGCUGUCGACAAGGCUGCCUCCAUGCUUCAGUCACAAGACAUGGGUUCUCUCUGUGUUGAUGGGGAGCUGUCUGCUUGUGACUUCGGGGUUUUCGCUUUAUCUGGGAAAUGUGUUUCCUUCCGAAAUGGAUUACUUACGUUGCGCUGCAGGAUCGUGCCUUCCCUCGGCAAUUGUGAGCUUUGCUGUUUCAAGGAGAAACAUCAAUGCGAUCCCUAACUUUCAGAUCCUGUUUGUGUCCACGUUUGCCAUCACCACUACAUGUUUAAUCUGGUUUGGAUGCAAACUGGUUGUGAACCCCUCAGCAAUAGACAUAAAUUUUAAUCUGGUUCUUCUCCUUCUGUUGGAGCUUUUCACGGCAGCCACGGUGAUCGUCUCAGCACGGUCGAGCGAGGCGUAUUGUAAGCAGAAGGGUUCCAUGUCAGAUAGCACCAACAUUUUGUAUGAAGUGGCAUUUCCUGCUCGGGUCCUGAAAUCCUAUUCAGUCAUCGAGGUGAUUGCUGGCGUCUCUGCCGUCCUGGGUGGGGUCAUCGCUCUGAACGUGGAUGAUGCUGUCUCGGGACCACACCUCUCCGUGACGUUCUUUUGGAUCUUAGUGGCCUGUUUUCCAAGCGCCAUUGCCAGUCACGUCACAGCUGAGUGUCCAAGCAAGUGUCUGGUGGAGGUGCUGAUUGCCAUCUGCAGCCUCACGUCCCCGCUGCUGUUCACUGCCUCUGGGUAUCUGUCGUUCAGCAUCAUGAGAAUCCUGGAGAUCUUCAAAGACUACCCGCCAGCCAUCAAGCAAUCCUACGACGUGCUGCGGUUGCUUCUGAUGCUGCAGCUGCUGCUGCAAGCCGGCCUCAACACUGGCACCGUCAUCCAGUGCGUGAGCUUCAAGCUGGGCACGUCCUGGGAUGCUGCGCAGACCGGCCAGCAGGAGCGCCCAGCAGGAGAGGCUGAGAAAAGCUCUCGAGUUAACAGAGCUUUCCCACCUGCCUCCUGCACUCGGGUGGCCCCCGGAAGAAAUAACACUUUGCCUGUUUGGCCACAGGUGUCCAGAAGCCCCCUGAAGGAGUUCGACAAGGAGAAAGCGUGGAGGGCCGUCGUGGUGCAGAUGGCCCAGUGACCGUGGGGCGGGGAGACCGAGGCAGGAGCAGGGCCCCUGCCUGGCUAGUUGUCUUGAAGCUACCACUUUCUAACUUGCCCUUCACCUUCAUCCAGGCCAGGCUGCAAGGUGGAGUCUUCAUUUCUUUUAGUAGUUUAGUUGUUAAAUAGGCAAGUGUUGACCAUUUUGUGCUUAGGAGUCUUUCAGUUCCUCACCCCCAAGGCGCCACCGCACGCACCGUGGUGUGGGGCUCUCAGGUGAGGAAGGGGCUCGUGCUGGAGCCAGACCCUCCCGGCACCGACGCCUAGGCAGGCCUUGCACGUGCGGCCAGCCGCCCGUCUGCUCCUUCUUCACCUCGCUGGCUUCCCGGGCCCAUUCUUGUUGAGCACUUACCUUAAGCAGUCGACAGCCGGGCUGUGGAUGGCCCCACGUGGGUCUUACCGACUCGGGCGUUUCUCUCUGGAGACGUGUCUGCCAAGCACCGUCUCUGACCACAGAGCAGAGCUGUGUGGGGAGCCCCUUCUCCGCAGGACCGUGGUCACAGGCAGCCCCCACACCCACGGCUGUGCCUGUGUGGCGCUCACGUGCCCGAACUUCUGCCCUCUGUCUUAGACCGAGCCGUUCCAGAAGGACCCUGCCCACUCACUGGUGCCGGUGAUGUCCGUGUCAUGUGUGAUAUGCAGAGCCCAGGUCAGCAGGGGCUGUCUGCACUUGUGCUGGGUGGUACCCAGCUCCUGAGCCCUUUUGUCAACACCCACACUAAGAGUGACCCUGGCCACUGUGACAGCUCAGUGUUCUUUGGGGUGGGGCCAAAGGUAGAAACUUGGGCCACGUUUCUGGGUCUCGUUGGCUUUGGUGAUGCAGGUGGGGCUGGGCCCCCUACCUCCUCUCAUGGGUUCUGCUGGCACUCCCAUUAACAUUCUCGAGACGUGAGACAGAUGCCCCCCAGAACCCUCAUGGGGGUCAUCACUGGGCAUUCUCCAGCUCCCUCCAUUUCCUGACCUCACUUACCUGAGGUCCAGCCCAGGCCACGGGUCUCUUCCAUCUGUCACUGCCCCUCCUGCCAGACAGCGAAGACGGUUUGGGUGUGAGAAUAACAUUUGCUUCAGUUAAAAUCACCGCCAAGAAUUGUGUGCUGUCUCCUUGUCCCCUGAGCAUACCUGGAAUUUUCUGGAAGAACGAUUAGCUUUUCUCAGUUGACAUGGGCACUGGUAAGUCUCCAGUGGGCGGGGAGCACCUUCUGAAAAUGGAAACGUUCAUGGUUUCAGGAACUGUCUUGGGGCCAGUAUCUGCAUUCACAAGGCUGCACGUGCAAGUGGUUGUGUCUGUCUGCUUCACGUGAGGAGCUCAGCGGUUGUGCGGGAAGGUGCUGACGUGUGCUCUUUCCUGUAGCUUGUUAGGAUUGGUGGGUGCUGACUGGGUAUAGACCUGGGGGGGGGGGGGUGGGAUUCAGGGAUCCUCCCUGGUUUCUCAUUGCUCAGCACGAGUGACUGGCUGCCAGGGAGUCUUCACAGCAUUCACGGCAGGUUGGGUCGGGAAGAAGGCAGAAGAGACAUGGGAAAGGGGGAGAGUGCCAGCCGAGGAGGCAUUGUCCUCAGCCAGCCAGCCCCUGUCUGCUGUCCUUGGCCUUGUCCCCAAGUAAGCAAGAGCAGGGGAGAUGGCUCUUUCCUGCACACAUGCAGGCCCCCCGGCCACAGUCGAGGUCACUUCCCCUUCCUACAGCUCCCAGGCGAGGAGGCCAGUGGGGGGAUCUGCUCAGGAGCCUGGGACGGGAGCCACGGAGACAGCACAGGCCACUCUGAUAUUUCCUUGGAUGUCCCAGAAGUCUGAGUCUUAGAGCUGGAAUUAGGCACCUAGGGCUUGGUACUGGCUUGCACUUUAUUUCAGAUAGAGCUUGAGAAAUCCAGAUAAAUGGGGUUUUAAAAAUGUACGAUUCUUUUUCUGUCAAUUUACAUUUGUUUGAUAUAGUUUAAUGACUCCUGAAUAAAUGCUAACAUGUAAA